ACAAAUUACCCAUCCAAGUGACAGCCAGGAGUAGAAAGCAAAAAGGAGAGAUUGUGUGGGAGAAAGGGAGAGGUGGUGGGAAGGAAUCAGGGGUAUUUCAUACCAGAGGUGUCAGUUUGGUGGCAAAAGGGAUACACAGGUUAUGGCUGCAACAUGGAAUGAAGCUGUAUUUGCCGCUCGAAGAAAACAUGAUGAGGAAGAAACCACGAGAAGUAGCGUUUUCACAUAUACAAGCAGCAACAAUACGCGGGGUCCCUUUGAAGGUCCAAAUUAUCACAUUGCACCUAGAUGGGCCUACAAUGUCACCACACUCUGGAUGAUAUUUGUAGUUAUAGCAUCUGUUUUAACCAAUGGGAUUGUCUUAGUAGCUACAUUUAAGUUUAAAAAGCUUCGACACCCUCUGAACUGGAUCUUGAUGAACUUGGCUAUUGCUGAUCUUGGGGAGACUGUCAUUGCCAGCACCAUUAGUGUCAUCAACCAAAUUUUCGGUUACUUCAUCCUUGGCCACCCCCUAUGUGUGAUUGAAGGGUACACUGUUUCAGUGUGUGGUAUCACUGGACUAUGGUCAUUAACAGUAAUUGCUUGGGAAAGAUGGUUUGUUGUGUGCAAACCCUUUGGUAACAUUAAGUUUGAUGGAAAACUGGCUGCUGGUGGAAUAGCGUUCUCUUGGCUUUGGGCAGCAUGCUGGUGUGCACCUCCAAUAUUCGGCUGGAGCAGAUACUGGCCCCAUGGCUUGAAGACAUCUUGUGGUCCAGAUGUGUUCAGUGGUAACAGUGAUCCCGGAGUUCAGUCUUACAUGAUGGUGCUCAUGAUCACUUGUUGCAUAAUUCCUCUGACAAUCAUCGUCCUUUGUUACAUACACGUUUGGUGGGCCAUUAGAAAGGUAGCCCAGCAGCAGAAGGAGUCUGAAUCCACACAGAAGGCUGAACGUGAGGUCUCAAGGAUGGUAGUUGUCAUGAUCAUGGCUUACUGCUUUUGUUGGGGACCGUACACAAUUUUUGCCUGCUUUGCUGCCGCCAACCCAGGCUACAGUUUCCAUCCCUUGGCUGCCUCGUUACCUGCCUAUUUUGCCAAGAGUGCCACCAUUUACAACCCCGUCAUUUACGUCUUCAUGAACAGACAGUUCCGGAACUGCAUCUAUCAAUUACUUGGCAAAAAAGUUGAAGAUGGCUCUGAACUUUCUUCUACAUCUAGGACGGAAGUAUCCUCAGUUUCCAAUUCUACCGUGUCACCUGCAUAACUUCCCAGAGACAUCCCUCCUCGAGUUUCCUAGUCCCAUCUUUCUGCACAUAUUGUAUAUAUUUGAUUGCAGGAGCAGCUAUGAGUAACUCUCCUACCUACACAUGCAUGAUCAUUAUUUGUAUCUAUAUGUCCAUUUUCACUACAUAUUGUCACUUCAUACUGUGACUGUAAUAUUUUAUUUUUUUUCAUUAUUAUAUUAUUCUAGUAACUGGCCUGAAUAUUGUCUAUUCAAAUAUAAAUCAAAGAAGUAUUAUGGGCAGCGGGACUGUCCAAAGUGUGACUUCUAUAACUGAACAAUACUUGUUGUACUAGCUACUGGAACAUAAGUAAACCUAUUCUUAAAACAAAUAUUGGGGACUCCCAUUGCUGACUACCUUCUGAAAAUGCAGGUUGCCCAGUUGCUACGGUAAACCUUUGGGUUAAGUACUUUCUAAAUCCCUGACAUGGAAUUUUGCAGUCCAGGAAAAAGUCACAAGUCCUGCAGGCUUAUACUGAGUAAGAGGCACAGGGUAUUAAAUCCAGAGGUCAGCAUGAGAAUCGAGCAAGUAGCAUUUUCAGAAUAGGAGCUCAGCAAUGAUAACCUUAUUGUUUUACUCCUUUAAGUCAAGUGGAUAAUUUUGUAAAAAUAAAUGUAGUGAAGGAGCAUACAUACAAUUUAAGGAUGAUAUUUGAGAAGGGGAGGUUGCUUUAGAUACCCCCUUGAUGUUUUGCUGCUAUAUAAAACUUUAAAAGUUUAACUGUAAUGAUAUUUAUGUGAUCAUAAUAUUCUUUGGCUUGUCUUAGCAAGUAUGUUUGGAGUAAUGUUUCCCGACUAAUUACAAUAUGAAUAGCAAUUGUCUACAAUGUUUGUUUUAACCUAUAAAGUUUAGCAAAUAAAAAAGUGAUGUAACUAGAACUACAAGAAAAUGAUCAGUGCAAUUUACAAACUAAAUUGAACAAUCUCAGUAAGGUUCGGUCAAAUGCCCUACGUCCCCUUCUUCAUCUCAAUGUGAUUCUUUCAAGUCUGGAAAAAAGCGCCAUUUACUAGUACAGCCCUUUUUAACCAGGGUUCUGUGGAACCCUAGGGUUCCUUCAGAGAUUGCUUGGGGCUCCUUGAUCAAUAAGCAGCAAUGGAUUGACUUCCCACCUUAUGGUGUCUGCAUAGUUAUGAGAACAAUAUCCCUGGGCAGAGCCAGUGGCCUAAGACUAGUGGUUCCUUUUAGCUAUCUCCAAGUGUGGCAUUUUUCCCAAUGUCUGCCAAUAUAAUGGGACAGAAACCUCCUGUGGAGCAGAAGGGAGGUUUCCCAGCUGUGGCCCCUGUUUUCACUGAUGCAAAACAGUUUUGCCACUGGCAAAUUUCUAUAAAGCUCUCAUUCAUAAAGAACCAGCAGCAGGACAGUUUUAAAGCCCAGCCCCAGGAAAGUUGAAAAUUAUCCCUUGUAGUGGGUCUGUGCUCACAGCUCGUUUAGGUCUAGGGGAAUGGAAAAGUAGAUUUACUUUCCUGCUCCUCUUUAAUGCUAGACUAGUCCCAUCAGCAUCUUUUCCCCAUACUCCAGCGGUCUAAGGUCCUAACGUCAUCACGACUACUGCAGGGCCCAUAGCCCUAUAUUGGAUAUUAGGAGGCUGAGGGGCAAUUCACCUCCAGAGCAUAGGGGAACGUCUUCUAACGUCUUCUAUCAGGGAAGCAGAGGGUCAGAAAAGUAAAAGUGAUUUUACUUUUAUCUAAACCCAAUCAAGCAGUUAACAGCAAAUAAUUUUUAGAUUUGGGCUUUAAUUUGGGAUAGUAUGUAUCACGUACCUGGUGCUGGACACCAAUGGAGAGGGGCUUCCUUUGUGGCUAAGUCCUAGACUUUCCAUGAAGGAUACACAGGAGGAAUCAGGCUCAAAGUUCUGACUGGAGUGUCGUUAGGCGAGAAGCCAGUUCAAAGCCAAGGUCAGGUACUGGGUUUGGACAAGAGCAAGCGUAGUCUGGAGGAUAGCCAGGGUCAUACACAAUAGAGCAGGAUAAGGCAGUCUGUAAAACAAGCUGGGGUCAGAUAAAGGGGCAGGCAGGAGACAGGUCCAAAGGUAAGCUGAGUCAGUAACAGGUACCCACAGAUGCAAGAUAACACAGGAACAAACACACUGGAAAACCAUAGAUCAACCAGCAAUCACAGAGGGUGACUGGCCCCCUUAUAAAGGCCUUUUGAAACCAGUCCGGGCUGGGAACAUGCACGGGUGUGAGCACGUAGGCGUGCAUUCGUGUGGCCAUGUAAGAUACAGGCAGGAAUGCCUGGUCUUCGGGAGCCUCUGCUUCGGAUAGUGUCCUGACAGUAGGCCAGACUGGUGUAUGCCUAACUUUUAUUUCUCUACAAUAAAUAUAGGGACUGCCGUGAAUAUGAGUGAUAUAUUAUGAAGUGGUUUGGGUGCACACUGUUCUAACACUCAGCUUUUUUCUCCUUUCAAAGAAAGCAGCGAUGUGCUGUGAACAAAAGGCAGCUCUAAGAACAGAUGGUCAGUAACAAGUAAAUGCUCUGCUUGGAGUACCCCAACUUAAAAAAGGCCCUAUCGUCAUAAAAUAAAAAAAA